AUGACAACCAUGGCCCCUCCCCUCACGUUUCUCCUCCUUCUCCUCCGAUUGGCUCACAGUUCUUUCCCAGAGGAGCCCGGUCCGCUCAGCUACGCUCCCUUAGAGGUGGUGAGGAGGUAUCCUGUGUUUGUGGGUAGAGCUCAUCAUUCCUCUCAGAGACAGGAGCUGCACAUUCAGACAGUGCUCCAGGUCAACCGCACUCUCUACAUAGGAGCCAGAGAUGAUCUAUACAGAGUGGAGCUGGACAAUAUGUCAGGGGAUGAAAUGUUCUACAGCAAGAAGCGGACGUGGGAAUCCAAUAAGAAUGACAUUCGAGUCUGCAGGAUGAAGGGCAAACAUGAGGAGGAGUGUCGUAACUUCAUCAAAGUGUUGUUGAGUCAACAUGAAGGACUGUUUGUGUGUGGAACCAACGCCUUCAACCCUUUGUGUGCCAACUACACUAGAGACUCUUUGGAGAUGGUGGGAGAGACGGUCAGUGGGAUGGCUCGGUGCCCGUAUGACCCCAGACACGCCAAUGUGGCUCUGUUCGCAGAGGGCAGUCUCUUCACUGGUACUGUAACAGACUUCCUGGCGAUUGAUGCUGUGAUCUAUCGUAGCCUAGGCGACAGCCCCGCUCUUCGCACCGUCAAACACGACUCCAAAUGGUUCAGAGAGCCCUUCUUUGUGAGUGCAGUUGAGUGGGGGCCUCACGUCUACUUCUUCUUCAGAGAAAUGGCCAUGGAGUUCCAUCACCUGGAGAAGGUGAUGGUAUCUCGUGUGGCGCGGGUGUGCAAAGGGGACAUGGGUGGCUCUCAGAGGGUGUUGGAGAAACAGUGGACAUCGUUCCUGAAGGCCAGACUGAACUGUUCUGUCCCAGGAGACUCCCACUUCUACUUCAACCUGCUCCACACCACCAGCCCCAUACUCAACAUGAACGGCAGAGACGUCAUACUGGGACUGUUCUCUACACCGCCCAACAGUAUCCCGGGGUCUGCAGUGUGUGUGUUUGACAUGCAGCAGUUGGCCAGGGUGUUUGAGGGAAGAUUCAAGGAGCAGAAAUCUCCAGAAUCCAUCUGGACACCCGUGCCUGACGAGCUUGUGCCCAAUCCCAGGCCGGGUGGCUGUGCGGUGCAGGAGUCUCCGUUCAGCUCAUCUAAAUCUCUGCCAGAUGAAGUGCUGAACUUUGUAAAGACUCAUCCCUUGAUGGACGAGACCAUACCCUUGGUUGGGCACAGACCUUGGGUCGUCAAGACUAUGGGCAGGUACCAGUUGACCGCAAUGGUGGUGGACACAGAGGCUGGUCCCCAUAGGAACCAUACAGUGUUGUUCCUGGGCUCCACGCGAGGGACCAUCCUGAAAUUCCUCAUCCUCCCCAGCGGAGAAAACUCUCCCACACACAGCAGUGUGUUUCUGGAGGAGGUGGAGGGAUUCAACCCUGAGAAAUGUGGAGAGGACUCUGUCCAGGCCAGACAGUUGUUGUUUCUGUCUCUGGAUCGUCCAAGUCACACUCUGCUGCUGGCCUUCCCUUCCUGUCUGGUCAGACUGCCCACAGCACGCUGCCACCUACACUCACGCUGCAUGAAGAGCUGUCUGACCUCCAGAGAUCCCUACUGUGGCUGGACCAGAGGCAGCACCUGCUCCUUCCUCAGACCAGGCACACGGCUUCCUUUUCAACAAGACAGUGAGUACGGCAACUUCUCCCAUCAUGGAGACUGUGAUGGUGUCGUACAGCAGAGUCUGCUGAUCGAGCCGGAGAGCCUGGUCUCCCUCAACCUGCUGGUGGCAUCUGCAGUCUCAGCCUUCACCAUCGGUGCGGCGCUCUCGGGCCUGGCUGUCUGCUGGAUUAUGGCCCACAAGCCUGGCAACCGUCGCCACGGCAACAACACCCCCCAGUCCACUAUCCAGCGCCAGGAGAGGGGGAUGUUGACGUCAGGAGGAGGGAUGGGGGGAUCGGUCCUCAGUGUGACCCGUCAGGGAGGAGGCGAUAGACCCUGCUCUCAGGGCGGGGAGACCCUGUUUGUGAUGCCCAACGGCUGGGGGAAGUCAGGGGAGCUGGACCCAGGGUUCCUGCCUACUCCGGAGCACACGCCCCAGCAGAAAAGACGCGGGCUCAGGCUGUCCGAUUCUGGAUCAGGGGGGUGGGAUAACAGCCAGACCUACCUGGGAGGGAGUACCAUGGGGCUGGCGUCUCCCUGCCCUCUCCCUUGCCCCCCACACCCCUCCACCGCCGUCUACCUGACCACCAGACUAUUUCAGGGGGGAGGAGGAGGGAGGCACGGGGGUGAGGAGCGAGGAAGAGGAGGGGAGACGCCUCGCCAGCACUACGUGUGCCUGAGCAAGCCCCGGGGGGAGAAAGGCAGAAGUGGGACACCAAAGUCGGCACUUCGUAAGUCGGCAGGGGAGUACGUGUACCCCAUGACCCCCCAGGAUUCUCCGGAUAGGAGGAGGGUGGUGUCAGCCCCCAGCGCCCCUAUGGAGUUUGGGGAGCCCCUGCCACUCCGCUGGCCUCCCCAGGAAGGCUACAUCCUCAGCAGCCAGGGCAUGGUCCCUGUACCUCCAUCCUCCAUGCCCACCCCCAAAGGCCAGCAGUACGUGGCCCAGCACCACACCCCCGGGCCGGGCAGGUCUCAGCUGAGAUGGGCCUUGGGGAGAGGAGAGCUGGGGGAGCUGGUGGAUCUCAGCCAGCUGCUGAGUAAGAAGAGUUCCAAUGAGAGGACUCACAACGGGCAGUGA